AUGAAGUUCACUUCCGUUGCCGUCAUUGCCCUCGCUGCCGGCGUCCAGGCCGCUACCUUCAAGCAAAGCGAGCCCGCUGCCAACCACGGCAAGGGUAUCGCUAAGGCUGUUGGCACCGCUGCCACCGCUGGCACUGCUGUCUCCACUGGCACCCACCCCAUCAUGACCGGCACCUCUGGCGGCACCAACGGUACCAGCGGUACCAACGGUACCCACGGUGGCGCUGGCUCCAGCACCAUCCCUGUCUCCGUCCCCAGCUCCACCCCCUCCAGCGGUGUUAGCGGCGGCAGCGGCUCUGGCUCUGGCUCCUCUGGCUCUGGCACCUCCGGCUCUGGCUCCUCCGGCUCCGGCUCCAGCUCUGGCCCCUCCAGCUCUGGCUCCUCUGGCUCUGGCUCCUCUGGCUCUGGAUCUUCCGGCUCUGGAUCAUCUGGCUCUGGAACUUCCGGCUCUGGCUCCUCCGGCUCCGGCUCCGGCUCCGGCUCCAGCUCCGGCAGUGCUUCCAGCCCCAGCUCCUCUGGCUUCGUUCCCUCCAACCCCGGUGCCAAGGUCUCCAUCCCCAUGGCUGGUGCUGCUCUUGGCAGCGUUGCCUACGGUGCUCUUAUCUUCCUCGCAUAA